GGGCGGAGCCGCGGGGCGACACGAGGCAGUGACUCGGGCUCGGCAGUCAGUAGUGGCCUGGCAGCACGUCCCGGCAGACGCACACCAGCGACACACACACACAGAUCCAACAUGGCCAUUCCCCUCCGCAGCGUGCUCGUCAGCGACGAGGUGGAUCCCCUGUGCGUGGAGCUGCUCCAAAAGAAUGGCAUCCCCGUCACGUGCAAGUACAAGAUGCCCAAGGAGGAGCUGCUCAAGGAGAUUCCGAAACACGACGGACUGGUCGUGAGAUCCGACACCAAGGUGACCGCCGAAGUCAUCGCCGCCGCCACCAACCUGCGCGUCGUGGGCAGGGCGGGCACCGGCGUGGACAACAUCGACCUGGAGGCAGCCACCGCCAGGGGCAUCAUCGUCCUCAACACGCCCGGCGGCAACUCCAUCAGCGCCUGCGAGCUCACCUGCGCCCUCAUCGCUGACCUCGCCAGGAACGUGAGCGUGGCGUGCCACUCGCUGAAGGCGGGCCGCUGGGACCGGAAGCUGUACUCGGGCAGCGAGCUGCAGGGGAAGACCCUCGCCGUGCUCGGCCUGGGUCGCAUCGGCAGGGAGGUCGCCCACCGCAUGCAGGCCUACGGCAUGAAGAUUAUAGGUGUCGACCGCGUAAACUGCAAGUCGCAACUUUCCCGCUCGUUCCAGACCGUCGGCUUCGACCCCAUCGUUACUCGAGAAGACGCCGCCGCCUUCAACGUCGAGAAGAUGGAGCUGGAACAGAUCUGGCCCGUGGCCGACUACAUCACCGUGCACACCCCGCUCAUCCCUCAGACUCGCAACAUGAUCAACGACCAGGUUUUCACCAAGUGCAAGAAGGGCGUCAAGGUGGUAAACGUAGCUCGUGGAGGCAUCAUCUGUGAGGAGGGCCUCCUCAAGGCGCUGCAGGACGGGCGCUGCGGCGGCGCCGCCCUGGACGUGUUCAGCGAGGAGCCCCCCAAGGGAGCCACGACGCGCGCCCUCAUCGAGCACCCCAAGGUGGUCGCCACGCCGCACCUCGGCGCGUCCACGGCCGAGGCGCAGAGCCGUGUAGCCGUCGAGGUAGCCGAGCAGUUCGUGGCCCUGGCCGACCCCUCUUCGCCGUACUCGGUGACGGGGGUCGUGAACGCGCCCGUGCUCGGCGCCGCCCUGGUGCCCGAGAACGCCCCCUGGAUCGCGCUCGCGCAGCGCCUCGGCGUGCUGGCCUCGCGGCUGCUGGCUGCCGGGGGCACCGCGGGCGCGCAGGUUGCCGUCCAGACGGCCGGCGCGGCCCUCCAGAAGAAGGCCUUCCUCGUCACGCCAGUGGCCGCCGGCUUGGUGCAGAAGCCCGGCGUGAACCUGGUGAACGCGCCCGCCAUAGCCAAGCAGGCCGGCAUCGUCCUGGUCGCCUCGCACGACGACAGACUCAGCCAGCCCGCCUGCGUGCGCGUCACGGUGCAAGGCCGCGUGCUCACCGGCACGGUAGGAGCUGCCGGCGCCAGCGUCCUCCUGGCCGUCGACGACGCUGCUUUUGGCGACGCCGGAGUCCCUCUGGACGGCAACCUCGUCCUGGUGCACUCUAAGGAUGCCACUGUCAGCGUGGCGAAUACAGCGGCUGCUGUCAGCAAGAUGGGUACCAACAUCCUAGGCCUAUCUGUUGGCGUGGGUUCUGCUGGAGUGUGGACAUUGCUGAGAACCGCACAGCCUGUUGCCAUUAGUGUUCCGGGGGCACAGGUUUUCUAAGACUGCAAAGCAUCCGUGUUUACCUAUUUUAUAGCAUUCCUGUAUUGCAUCUUUCAACAGCAUCUGGGAAAAGUAAUAAUGUACUGUUAGGUUUUGUUGCAAGUAUAGAAACAUGAUAGAAAUCAUGUCUCGGGGAUUGUGCUGCAUCAGCACAGGUGAGAGUAUAUGUGUAUUUCAGUAUUGUGGUGACAUUCCAAACUGCAACAUUUAAGUUCUGUGGAGUAAAAUAAUUAAAGACUGUUCUGUAAAAGGUGACCAUAUUUUAUAUACUAGGAAUUUUAAUAAAUUCAAUUUAUUUUA